AUUUGACAGCUGACAUUCACACUGACUUCACAGAAUCAAGAAGAGUUAAAAGAGCUAUUUUAUCGUUUGUUCGAUAAUAAUUUUGUAACUAAAGCAAUGAAAUAAAAUAAUAUAAUAUUUAGAAAAAUGAACUAACGUAAUUUGGACAUUGAAGGUCACACAGACUUUAUAUUAACAGUACAUUACUGCCCGAAUUAUUGAUGGGCUGCUGAUGAACGAACAAAAACAGAACAGAUUCCAACUGCGAAUUGCAUCGUUACAAUUUACAUAGAUCCCCGUCUUAUGUUCCUACAAUGAAUCCAUCAACCUGUUACUGUCGCCUCUGCGCUGGAUUAAAAUUACGUGACAAACUAGUGAACUUGCAGGUCGACGAGGAAUUAUGUCAAAAAGUUAUCAACAAACUGUCAAGGUUCCAUAUAACAAUGGAUUUUCAGGAUAAUGUACUACCUAAAACCGUGUGCCUCCUUUGCAUUAAGUCUUUGGAACAAGCGUUCAAGUUUAUCUGUGCAGUUGAUGAAGCGCAGGCUUUUCUCAGCGAUUUUGUGAUGGUAAAAUGUACAGAAAGAGAUUUAGAAGAAAAUGUCUCUUGCGAACUAGUCAGUUCCAAUAACUGCACUCCUAAACCUUUAGAUAGUGCGCAUGAUCCUAUGGAAAUAAGUAUUGAAGAUAGUUAUACUAGUGACCAAGUAAAAUGUGAAAAUGAUAGUAAUGAUGGCUGUAAUUAUUAUGAGAAUAAGGAAUUUGAGUCUGUUUUAACAAAUACUUAUAUAAAAAUUGAUCAGAGUGUUACUGAGCCUGAAGAUAUUGAGCCAAUUAAACCAAUGUUUAAGAUUCCAGGUGAUAAUAUUGCUAAUAGUACAAACAUAACUACUACUUUACUUGAUACUACUACAAAUUAUGAUGUUCAUGUUACAUGUCAAGGUGUAAAGACUGAAAAAUUUAAUACUAAUGGCAGUGAAAUGCUUGACAACCAACACAAUAUUAUUCAAAAGAAAAAAAAUAAGAAAAUUAAAUUAAAAACAUUAUCAAAGAAAAGUACUAAACUAAAGAGUGUUGCAAACACUGAAAGCUAUUCAGAAAGUGAUGUCAAUGAAUUAAUUGAAAACUUAGGCUAUGUCCCUGAACAGUACAUUACAAAGACCUGGCAGGACUACUUCUGGCAAUGUUCUCACUGUGAAACUCAAUUCACAAGUAUGGAGAACCUCCAGAAACACUCCAUGGAGUUCCACAAUAGCUGUAACGCUUAUAAAUGUGCAGAUUGUACCACUCGCAGUUCAAAUCUUAAAUUUUUCCUAAAACAUGUUCGGAAACAUCAUAAAUACUUGCACUACUCAUGCUACAAGUGUUACAGGGUAUUUCCAAAUGUUGCUGACACAGGAAAACAUAAAGCUAGGAUUCACAAGCUCCCCAACAUGUGCAUGGGGUGUCACAAUAGCUUUCCCACGAAGGAACAAUUAAAACAACAUACAGAAAAAUAUUACAAAAAACUAUUGGACUCAAAAAAGUACAACAAUUUGAGAACAGAUAAUUCCACAUGUAGAAUAUGUCACAAACAUUUUAAUAGUUACUCAAGCUACAAACAUCAUUUUAUAACUCAACAUACGGAAGGAAGUAACAAUAUGUGUGAUAUAUGCGGUAAAAGUUUUAAAAGCAAAUCUGUAUUUAAUAAUCAUGUCGCAAUACAUAAAAAUCGGGAUACGUUUCAGUGUGAGGUUUGUGAACUACAUUUAAAGAGUCGGCAUGGUCUAAGAUAUCAUAUGGAACUCCACACCGGGAUCAAGCCAUUCAUUUGUGAUAUCUGCGGAAAAAGAUUUCGAGCCAAAAGUCAAAUUCGCAACCACCUUAUCAUCCACACUGAUAAAUUUCCGUAUGCCUGCUCUGUAUGUGAUAAAAAAUUUCGUAACAAUUCAAAUCGGAAAAACCAUAUGCUGCAGCAUAGUGGUGCAAAACCACAUUCUUGUAAUAUUUGUUAUAGGGACUUUGCGAACCUUGCCAAUCGUAAUAAACACGUGAGACGGAAACACGGUAUUGAAUUGGCAAAGAGGAGACGUCAUGAGACCCACCAAGUAAAAGUCACAGGGGAAACACUAGAAGCAGAAAAUAAUAAAAGCCAGACAGAUAAUUUUCAUCAUAACAAUCUCUCUGAGCGCUUAGGUGAAAUACCACCGAAAUUCUAAAAUUAGUAAAGUUAUUUUAAUUCUAAUAGUUUUUUUUGGCGGGGCUUGAACCCAAGACCUAUUGAUCCACAGUCAUGUGAUGUAAACAAAUAAGGUUUUUGAAAAGGUUUCAUCAACAUUUUGUUGGAAAUAAAAUGUGAGAAAAUAUUAAACCAAA